AUGCUCUCUAGGCUCCCCGUGGGUGCUCUGAAGAAUGUCGGUGUCUUCGGAGCUCGUUCAGCGACAAGAUCCUCAGGUGUCCAUAUCUCGUCGCGUGUCCGGUUUGCGUCUACAAGCUCAAACGCGUCGUCUGCAUUUGACACCUUCGUCAACUCUCGUGCAACGCUAGCCUCCGCGACCCUCUUCACCGUUGGUACUGUAGCAUGGUACGCUAACCUCUACGGGACCUUACCUUUCGUCGGCGAGGUUCAUGCAAACUCCCCGGCCGAAGAUGGUCUCCAUCCACCUCACUAUCCCUGGUCCCAUUCCGGACUCCUAGACACAUUCGACCAUGCCAGCAUCCGCCGAGGAUAUCAGGUCUAUCGCGAAGUAUGUGCUGCGUGUCACUCACUGGACCGCAUUGCCUGGCGUAAUCUUGUCGGUAUUUCCCAUACCGUUGACGAGGUAAAGGUCAUGGCUGAGGAGAUCGAGUAUGAGGAUGGCCCAGAUGAUACGGGUGAGAUGUUCAAGAGGCCUGGGAAGCUCUCCGACUAUCUUCCUCCUCCGUACCCCAAUGAGGAGGCCGCUCGUGCUGGUAACGGCGGCGCGUUACCACCAGACUUGAGCUUGAUCGUUAAGGCCCGUCACGGUGGAGCGGACUAUAUCUUCUCUCUUCUGACUGGCUACAGAGAUCCUCCAGCGGGUUUUGAGAUCCGUGACGGGAUGAACUACAAUCCGUACUUCCCCGGUAAUGCCAUCUCUAUGGCACGUCUUCUGUUCGACGGUUUGGUUGAGUAUGAUGAUGGCACUCCUGCGACAACUUCCCAAAUGGCUAAAGAUGUCGUCACGUUCCUGAACUGGGCUGCAGAGCCAGAGCACGACGAGCGCAAGAAACUUGGUCUCAAGGCCGUUAUUCUGUUCUCUGCAUUGACUGCGAUUAGUCUGUAUGUCAAGCGCUUCAAAUGGUCGGUUAUCAAGAGCAGGAAAAUCUUCUACAACCCUCCCGCGGACAAGUCGGUGCACUAG